GAAGAAAUAUUUGUCAGUAGGCACCGUGAAAGUGUCUAGGACGGUGUUUUGGAUACUGGACAAGCGUGGGUGUGUUUCGGCGUGAUAGUGUUGGAUUUCCCACGGUUUACUCCUUCGGAUUUACCUACAACCUCAUUCGAUCAAAAUGCAUUUCCUAGAGCAUUUGAGUGAAAAUUUUACGACAGUGCUGCGACCGGAGGCGCGGUUGUCUGCCGAAACGCGUUACCUAGGAUGGAACGUGGCCCCCGAAGACUUACCUCAUAUUCCGGAGCAUUGGCUCAAGUAUCCGGAAACCGAAGCCUCGUUACACUACCUGCUCGGGUUGCUAUACGUGGCCUUCAUGGUGUUUGCCCUGAUUGGGAAUGGGCUGGUCAUCUGGGUGUUUUCUUCUGCGAAGUCGCUAAGGACACCUUCUAACGUAUUCGUGGUGAAUCUGGCGAUUUGCGACUUCAUGAUGAUGCUGAAAACUCCCAUCUUUAUUUAUAACUCUUUUACCAAAGGCUUCACGACAGGACACUUAGGGUGUCAAAUUUUCGCCUUCAUGGGUUCAUUAUCCGGUAUUGGUGCUGGAGCAACGAACGCAUGUAUCGCAUACGAUAGAUAUAAUACCAUCGCUCGACCAUUCGAAGGAAAACUCACUCAUACUAAAGCCAUAUUUAUCACAAUUCUUGUAUGGUCCUACACCAUCCCAUGGGCCGUUCUGCCGUUGUUGGAAAUUUGGGGACGCUUCGUUCCUGAGGGUUACCUGACAUCAUGUACUUUCGACUAUCUAACCAACACGUUCGACAAUCGAAUGUUUGUCGGGACAAUUUUCACUUUCAGUUAUGUUCUUCCAAUGAGCCUGAUUAUAUACUACUACAGUCAAAUAGUAAGUCAUGUUGUGAAUCACGAGAAAGCUCUUCGUGAGCAGGCGAAGAAGAUGAAUGUGGACUCACUGCGAUCAAAUCAAAACCAGGCCAAUACUUCGGUAGAAGUGCGAAUAGCGAAGGCCGCCAUAACGGUAUGUUUCUUAUUCGUUGCUUCCUGGACGCCAUAUGCCGUACUAGCCCUAAUUGGUGCCUUUGGAGACAAGAGUUUGCUGACACCAGGAGUAACUAUGUUUCCUGCGUGUGCCUGUAAAUUCGUCGCCUGCUUAGAUCCAUACGUUUACGCCAUCAGUCACCCAAGGUAUAGAGUGGAGUUACAGAAGAGGUUGCCUUGGUUGGCGAUCACGGAAUCGCUGCCAACCGACUCGGCAUCUACUGUUACCGAUGCAUCAACAACAAACACUUCAGCACCAGUGUCCUCUUAAGUUCGUUUAUUUAUUUAGUUUGGAUUAAGUAUUGUAGAAUAAAAUAUUGUUAAGCGAUGAGACACCGAUAUUGAUGAAGACCUGCGCUAUGUUGAUACGGAUACGAUAAGGAAUUUUACCAUAGAUACAUAUAUACUAUUUUUGUGCAAAAUGUUGUGAACAAUAAAACUUUAUUGAAUGCAAUUUAAAAAAAA